AAAAAUAAAGGGUUAAACCAGGUACAGGACACCACAGCAACACAACCAGUAUGAGCAAAACCGGCAGCAGCAUGAGGGGCAAGAUCGUCUUCUACGAGGAGAGGAACUUCCAGGGUCGCUCCUAUGAGUGCACAAGCGACUGCGCUGACAUAUCCUCCUACCUGAGCAGGUGCCAGUCUUGCCGCGUGGAGAGCGGCUGCUUCAUGGUCUAUGAGCGCCCCAACUUCAUGGGUAACCAGUACUUUAUAAGAAGGGGCGAGUAUACCGACUCCAUGAGCAUGAUGGGCAUGAGAGACUGCAUCAAGUCCUGCCGCAUUAUUCCCAAGCACAGAGGUCAGUUUAGGAUAAAGAUCUUCGAGAGGGAGAACUUCAGUGGCCAGUCCAACGAGCUGAUGGAUGACUGCGACAACAUCAUGGAACGCUUCAACAUGAAUGAAUGCAUGUCCUGCCAGGUGAUGGAGGGCCCCUGGCUGAUGUUUGAACAGCCCCAGUUCCGUGGGAAGAUGAUAUACGUGAGGCCCGGCGAGUACCGCAGUUUCAGGGAGUUGGGCCUAAGCAGCAUGAGGGUCAUGAGCAUGAGGCGCAUCACGGACUCCUGCAACUAAAUGUAUAAAAUAAAAUAAAAAUCAAUUAAACAAAGUAUACUGUGCACUAUUGUACCAUUUGCCAAACAUUCAACUUUACUUUGUAAAUAAAGAAGACUACCUCGA